UAGUGAUGGGUCAUGCGCACAAGCAUCGGCUCUGAGAGCCGGCUCUUUGUAGUGAAUCAGAAGAGCCGGCUCGCAUCGAGUGAGAGCCGGCUCCCAGUUUUUUGCCCAUUCGCUGCUUAGGUUUCACUUUCACAGAGGUCUGUUAUGAUUGGCCAGCAUGGCGACCAGCAUGCGGCAUUCACGUGAGAAUUAAGGAUGUGUAAACAGAGAGGGGGCGGGGCAGACACACCACUUGACUCCACUGCAAGUGAAGAGAGAGACAGAGCGGACUGAGGAGCGUGUGUGCGUCUUGCAUUGUCGUGUCGUUUAACUAUGAGUGACACUAGAAAGCGAAGCAGCAUCUGGCUGCAGUUUAAAGAUAUUGGGAACAAGAAAGCAGAGUGCCUUCACUGCAAAACGAAGGUCACUAUAAGAGCAGGUUCCACCACAAACCUGCAUAGACAUACAAGAACUGUCCAUCCUACAGUGCAGUUAGAGGAGAGAGGGCAAGCCAGCUCACCAUCUACUGAUCCUGGUGUGUCUCAUACCAGAACAACAGCUGCUGUAACGUCUACUGCCAUCCCCAUGCGUGCAAGUAUAACCUCUCCUACUGCAACUCAAAGCAAAAUAAGUCAGUUUUUACCUAAACUGAUGACCCCAGCCAAACAGCACAGUAUUGAUGAUGAGUUGGCUAAAAUGGUAGCUUCUGAUUUUCAACCCUUUUCCAUUGUGGAGGACAAAGGAAUGAAAAACUUUGUCAAAGCCCUAAAUCCCACAUACACUCUACCCAGUAGAAAAAACACUUUCCCAAACAAUGAUCCCAAAACUAUAUGACACAGAACGUGCAUUAUGGCAAGAAAGGGUGACAAAAGCUCCAUCAGUUUGCCUGACAACUGACUGCUGGACCUCCAGAACAACCUGCUCUUUCAUGUCUGUCACUUGCCACUUUAUUGAAGAUUACAAGAUGACAUCUUGCCUUCUGGACUGCUUCGAGUUCACCGACAGACACACUGCAGAAAACUUGGCAGUGGAGCUACUAAGAGUGGCAAAAGAGUGGCAAGUAGAGGACAAAGUGGUGUGCUGUGUGAGUGAUAAUGCUGCAAACAUCACCAAAGCCAUAAAAGUUUUGAAGUGGACCCAUCACCCAUGUCUGGCGCAUACACUAAACCUGGUGGUUAGAGAUGCUCUGAAGGUGAUCAAAACAACCGUGGAUAAGGUGAAGGCUGUUGUGGAGUUUUUCCACAAAAGCACAGUAGCAGCACAGAAGCUAAAGUCCACACAGCGCCAAAUGGGGAUUCCUGAACUGAGGCCCAAACAAGAGUGUGCCACCAGGUGGAACUCAACAUUUGAUAUGUUGAAACGAAUGCUUGAAAUAAAAGAUGCCAUCAUCUCCACCCUGGCCCUCAUCAACGCAUCUAUUGAGCCAUUAAGCCAAGAGGAAUGGGAGCUGGUGAAAGAGGUCUGCGCCGUCCUGCAACCAUUCCAGGAGGUGACUGUGGAGAUAAGUGCAGACAGGUACCUAGAACCAUUGAAGCAUUGUUUUCUCUACUACUAUUCAGUCACUAUUAUACAUUGCAAACACAACACAUACAGUAUAAUGCAUCACGUAUAAUAUGCCACAUACUUUUAAAAAACUAAAUUCUAAAAGUUGCUGUUUUCUCUCCUUCAGCUAUGUCACAGCCUCGAAAAUGCUCCUGCUUUGCAAAGGUCUGCAGCUGGUGACAGCCGAGAACCAAUGGACAGUAACUGUGCAGAAAGUGAAGGAAUUAGUUGCAGCUCUUUGUUCAGCCAUGGACCGCAAAUUUCUGCGGAUGGAGUACAACACUGUCCUUUCAGAAACUACCUUAUUGGAUCCAAGGUUUAAAAAACUUGCCUUCAGUGAUCGUAGAGCUGUUGAUGAAGCUCUUCAGAGGAUUAGUGCAGCAGCAGCAGCAAAAUGCACCCCCAGCAGCCAGCCAGCUCCACCAUUACAGGGCCAAGUGGAGGAGGAGCAGCAAACCUCUGCUGUUUGGAGGCUUUUUGAUGACAGAGCUACAGGAGAUGCUUCAAGGAGAAAUCCGACAGCUGAUGCUAUAAUGGAGGUGAGGAGCUACCUUGAGGAGCCCCUCAUCCAGAGAGCAGAAGACCCACUGAGCUGGUGGCAGGCCAAGGCCUCAGUCUUUCCACUCCUGGUGAAGGUGAUGGAGGGGAGACUAUGUAUUGUUGCCACAUCAGUUCCUUCUGAGAGAAUCUUCUCCAAAACAGGGCAGAUACUCACGGAGAGGCGAAAUCGUAUCAGGCCUAUCAGCCCAUCCAAGCUGAGGCAUCUGAUCUUCCUGAAUGCCAACCUGCCCUGAGGACUAAUGCUGUUUGCUGGAGUUUGGUUCUGGUUUUGAUUCUGUUCUGUGGAUUUGUUUGAAGUUUAUUGUUAAUUUGUGCAAUAAAAAAGUUUAAUUGAAAUAAACAAAUGUAAGAGUGGUUUUGUCACAGAAUAAAUGCACAGAAUUAGGCAUUAUAAGGUCUCUCAUAAAAACACUGAAAGCAAAAGGGUUUUCAACACAUAAACCAUGAUUUUUUUUCAAAGUUAAGGUAAAAUAUAGGCUACAAAAGAUCCUAAAUAAAGAGCCGUUCGGGAGUCGAAAGAGCCGGCUCUUCUUUGGGAGCCGAGUCAAAAGAGCCGGCUCUCAGAAAAGAGCCGAACUUCCCAUCAUUAGU